AUGGAAACCAGAAGCAAGCCCCAGCUUCUAGUGCUCCUGACACUUUGCAGUGUCCUCUUCACACACACACUGGCCUGGCCUCUUUUUGGAGCACCCCCUUCUCUGAGGUUGGGUGACAGAAUACCAUUUGAAGGAGCAAAUGAACCUGAGCAAGUCUCAUUAAACGCAGAGAAUGAUGUCUUGCAAAACGCAUUAGCUGAAAAUGACACACCCUAUUACGAUGUGUCCAGAAACACCAGACAUGCUGAUGGAGUUUUCACCAGUGACUUUAGUAAACUCUUGGGUCAACUUUCUGCCAAAAAAUACCUUGAGUCCCUUAUUGGAAAAAGAGUUAGCAACAACAUCUCAGAAGACAAUGUACCAAUCAAACGCCACUCUGAUGCAGUCUUCACUGACAACUAUACCCGACUCAGAAAACAAAUGGCUGUAAAGAAAUACCUGAAUUCAAUUCUGAAUGGGAAAAGGAGCACUGAGGGAGAAUCUCUUGGCUUUCCUGAAGAGUUCGAGAAAUGA